AUGGGCGGCAGCGCGGCUGGGUCGCUGCAUUCCUGCAUCGCGCUCCUGGGCAUCGCCGCAGGGUCUCUCCUGCUGGCUGUGCACUUCUACAGCUCCCCCCGAGCUGCCCCCCUGAUCCCCAGCACGGCCCUGGGGGUGCUGCUGCUGCUCCUCUCGGCUCUCCUGGCCUAUGCAGGUGCUGAUGAUGGUGGGAUCCGGAGGAACCUCGGGAAUGGCUCCCUGCUGGUGCCCCUGUGCCUGACCCUGUCGUCCUUCUGGAGUGCCUAUGGAGUGAUUCUGAUGCUGGCAGGGCAGGGGGUGCUGCCCACGCCAGGGGAUGCCCGUGACGCCCUGGUGCCAGGCUUGGCCACCUUCACCCUGGCCCUGCUGCUGCUGGCCACGGUGGGCUUCCUCUGUGGAGAGCCCCUCCUGGCCCUGGUGGCUACUGCCCUGUCCCUGGCCAGUGGCCACGAGGUUGCCCUGCACUACAGCUCCUCGCUGGGCCCCUCGGCCGUGGCUUGUAGCCACCUCCUUGUCUGCUUGCUCGGGGGCUACUUUGCUCUGGGGAGGAUCCUCGGCUUCCUGACCAAAGGGAGAGUCGCCCUCCCCGGCACGCAGAAGAAAGCCCAGGAGCGGGGCUGGGCCAGCACCGGCCACCCCUUUGUAGCCCCUGGGCUGCUCCUGAACGCGCUGUCGGCCAGUGUGUUCUGCUGCAGGCUCCUGGGGGUCACCCACAGCCUCUCCCUGGGCCACGUGCCCUGGCUGUGGGCGGCUGCCACCCACCAGCUUGGCACCUGUGUGCUGUGCUACCGAGCCAUGGACGCGCUCAUGGCCACGGCCUUCGGCUUCACCUCCAUCCUCAAAUUCGCCGGGGGCUACAGCCUGCUGCACCCCACCUGGCAGCCAGAGGAGCCAGCCCUCCCCACCCCGCUCCUGCUGGUCUUCUCCAUUCUUUUCGCCGUCCUGGCUCUUUUUCUCUCCCUCCAGAGCCCCGUGGAUGGGCUCUACUUGCUGCUUUUUGUCACCUACUGCAUCGCCUUGGCUUGCAGCCCCAGGGGUUUUUUUGGGGGUGGCCCCCAAGGUGUGGCUGUGGCCAUUUUCGUGGCCUCGGCCCUGGUGGCUCUGAUUCACCUGUACAACGUGAGGGCAAAGGCCAAGAUCCCGACAGGCAAGGGGGCAGUGAGGGCUCUCCUUGCUCGCAGCAGCCUCCUGAAGCUCCGGGAGGGGCCCGACCUCCACGCCCCUUACCUGGGCUACUCCAGGUAUGCCGAUGCAGAAAUCCUCACCUACGCCUGCAGCGUCCUGGCUUCUUUUGCUCUGACAGCCACGGGAGACCCCCAGGCUCCCCUGGCCACCGUGGUCAUCCCGUGGCUGGUGGUGGCUGGUGGCAUCCUGAAGCUUCUCGGCGGCUCGGUGGCUUUUGCCCGGGGUAAAACCCUGGAGAGCAGCGCCUUCAUCCUCUACGCUGUCAUGUGGAUCAUCUGGGGGCUGGCACGGUUUGCUGGCCUCCAUGGCACUUCCAGAAGCUUCCACGCAGCCGUGGGCAUCGUUGCCUUCAUGCUCUUCAACAGCUUCGUGGUUUUCUGCUCGCUCUUCCUCAGCACAGCCUGGUUCUUCUACUCCCUCACCUUCAUGCUGGUGGCUGGCAGCUUCCUGCUGGAUGCCAUCCACGCCCUUCCUGCUGGAUAUGACAUUGCUGCCAGCCUCAUCUUCGGGCUGGUGAGCUUUUACUGCUUCCUGGCCGCCCUGGCCAGCAGCACCUUGGAGGGUUUUUGUUUGCCCAUGGGGAAACCCGUGGUGCAGCUCAGCGGGGUCGGGGCAGGAGCCACCAAGUGCCCUCACCUGCCCGCCAGGAAAGCGUCCUCAGUCAAGAGAAUUGCAGAUAUCCUGAGGAAUGGUGGCACCUGUGGCAUCCCCACCGACACCGUGUACGUGCUGGUGGCUGCCUGCAGCCGGCCUGACGCCGUGGAGAAAGCUCACAGGUCCAAGCGCCAGGCUCAGGAUCGCCCCAUGUCCCUGUGGAUUUCCAGCCUAAAGCAGCUGGAACCCGCCAAGCAUUUGUUCACUCCCCUCCUCUGGGACUUCAUGGAGGCUGCCUGGCCAUCCCCCAUUAGCUUGGUCAUUCCCAGAGGUGAGUGGGUGGAUUUCCUGGGAAUGAAGGACUCUGCCAAGUACGUCGGGACCCCCCAGAGCGUGGCCAUCCGCAUCCCCGACUGCUCUGUCACCACGCACCUCAUCGACCUGGUUGGCCCCAUUGUGGUCACAUCAGCCAACCCAACAGGUGAGGCUGACACCACCCACCACAACCAGGUGUACGCCAAGCUGGGAGACAAGGUGGAUGCAGUUCUUUGUGGAGGGCCUUCUCCAGAGAACGUUGCCUCCACCGUGGUGGACUGCACCAAGAUCGACAGCGGCAACAUCGGAUUCUUCCGCGUCGGCAUCAUCCCCAAGUCUCAGGUGCUGCAGAUCCUGGAGCAGGUGCAGAAGAAACACCUGGUGGUGCCCACCAGUGCCACUUGUCCCACGAAAGGCUGGGAAGAGCUCCAGGCUCGUGGCCAGGCCGUGCACAACGGGGUGGGCAGAGCUGCCCUGGGCGAGCUGGAUCCUGAUUCCGAGCAUCACACCCGGUUCUGAGUCCCACUGUGACAUCGUCUGCUGGAAAAAAAACAAACGUGGAGAAUGUGGAAAAAGCCAUUUGGGCCAAAUUGGGGAAUGGGAGAGGCUGCCCAGCUGCAGGGGUGACUCAUUUGUCUUUCUAUGGACACUGCU